CUCAAACUUUGAAGAGUAACAAGUGAAAAUAAAAAAUAAAAAUAAUAAUAAAGAAAUAGAAAAGCAACAACAACAACAAGACUAGAGAAAAACUAACAGCCCUUUGGCAUUUCAAUGUUGACUUUACUUCUGAGAAUUUCAUGGUUGGCCUGACUUUGAAAAUUGCCGAUCGCUUAAAAAAAUCCAUAACCGUGAAAAUUGCAAGUUUAAACGCAUUGCUGAAAUCCAUAACGUGACUUUGAUUGCAAUAAGAAUAUUUUCAAAUCGCAGCGUGAUUCGUUUACAAUUUUUAGUUGAUUUUUUUUUUUGGCUGGCUGGCUGCAUGCGUAAGAGACCUGGCAAUCGCUGGCUGGCUUACUGACAUUGCAUAACUUGAGGGCAGGGGGAUUUUGCGCAUGCCCACCUGGCCUCAUCUCGCCAGGGCGCGAAGGCCGCGAAGUUAAAAUCACCACUAACCACACGACUGAGUUAUUAUUAUUACUGUUGUCGGUUUUCCUGCUCUAAAGUCAAAGUCAACGUCAGUAUUAUGGCCACUGCAUGAGCCGAUCGACUACAAAGCUACUGGAGAAGCCAAAAAUUAUGACAAGUUUAAAAUUUAUGUUAUAACAAUUUUCAAGUUUAAUGACCGGCUGCUGUUGAGAGAGGAAAACAAACAAACACAAAAAACAUCAACAACAACAUAUGGAAAAACCUAGCUGUAUUUAAAAAUUAAAUACAAUUAAAAUAAAACACAAAAAAAAAACAUUAAAAUAAUAACCGAAAACAUUCCACAUUGUCAACCUACAAUCAAAAAGUGAGUGUUUAUCCUAAUUAUAAAAUUCCAGGGAAUUUAAAAAGCAUCAUCAAUCCCAAAGAGACUAAAUACAGCAGUGUACAUAAUCCCCUCCGCACACCCAAUUCAACAAACCCCCGCAUCACAAGUGCCUCAGACUUUAAGCUUUAGAUUUUGUGUGAUUUUUUGUGUGUUUUAAUUUUUCAUCUUCAAUUCAAUUAAAACGUGUAUUUUAUAAUCCCUGCAUUGAAUAUUUUCAAACACCAAAUAAUAUAAAAAAGAUUGUGAAUAAGCCCAAAAAAAAGUAAAAUAAAAUAUAAUUUGGUGUCAAAUUUUAUGAUACUUUAAUACAAGUGAAAACCUCAAAAAAAAAUCCAAAAUAUUCCACAAUGAAACCGAAUCCGGCUUCAGAUCACGUUUACUUUAACGAUGGCUUUAAGUGUUCUUCGAUCAGCAUCAACACCAAUCUCAAUGAAAUGAAUGGCGAUGCAAAUGGUGCUGGCAGCGGCAAUGGAUCACAGGGAUCCAAUGAAUUUAUAUUGACAGACGAUGGCAAAAAGAUUAUACCUCCCAUGAAGCCCAUGUCCUGUGCAAAAUCCUGGCUGCAGGAAAGAUCGCGUAAAACAUUCAAAAAGAAAAUUCUACACAAACGCCUGCCCAUUCUAAGGUGGCUGCCAAAAUACAAUGGCACAGAUGCGGUGGGAGACUUGGUGGCGGGCAUUACAGUGGGUUUAACUGUGAUACCACAAGCUUUGGCCUAUUCCGGUAUUGCAGGCCUACCAGCAGCGUACGGUCUUUAUGGUUCCUUUUUGGGUUGUUUUGUCUACAUAUUCCUGGGCAGUUGCAAAGAUGUCCCCGUCGGCCCAUCUGCCAUUGUUGCCCUGCUCACAUUUCAAGUAGCCCAAGGAUCAUGGCAAAAAUCAGUGCUGUUAUGUCUGCUUUGUGGAAUGGUUGAAAUGCUAAUGGGUCUAUUCGGUUUGGGAUUUUUAAUAGACUUCGUAUCGGGUCCAGUCUCAUCGGGAUUUACAUCAGCCGUGUCCCUCAUUAUCUUGACAUCACAAGUUAAGAAUAUUUUGGGUAUAUCAGCUAAGGGAACCACAUUUGUAGAGAUAUGGACGCAAAUCAUACACAAUAUAAAAGAUAUUAGAGCUCCGGAUACAAUAUUGGGCAUUACAUGCAUUGUGGUGCUACUGAUUAUGAGGCUCUUACCCUCCUGCAAGGUUGGACCCAAAGAACCUAAUUUACGUACCAAAACUCAGAAUAUAAUCAACAAAUUGAUUUGGAUUAUUGGCACAUCACGUAAUGCCAUUUUGGUCAUUGUAUGCUGUGUUAUGGGUGUGCUUCUGCAUUCCUACAAUGAUGGAACUCCAUUUAAAGUCAUCGGUUAUAUACCUCAAGGUUUACCCUCAUUCGCUUUGCCUCCCAUACAUUUGAAUGUAAAUCAAACAAUAACGGGCAAAGAAGAAUCCUUUUUGGAUAUGGUAAGAGGUAUGGGAUCCGGUCUGAUAGUGAUACCACUGAUAUCGCUCAUGGAGAAUAUAGCUAUUUGUAAAGCAUUUGCCAAUGGCAAACCUGUGGAUGCCUCUCAGGAGCUAAUAGCUAUUGGAGCUGCCAAUAUUGCCAAUUCCUUUGUCCAGGGUUUCCCAGGAACUGGAGCCUUAAGUCGUGGUGCUGUUAAUAAUGCCAGUGGUGUUAGAACUCCUUUGAGCAAUAUCUACUCAGGAGCUUUGGUCAUUUUAUCCUUGAUCUUUUUCACUCCCUAUUUCUAUUAUAUACCCAAUGCCACUUUGGCUGCCAUAAUUAUAGCCGCAGUAGUCUUUAUGGUGGAGGUUAAGGUGGUCAAACCCAUGUGGAGGGCAAAAAAAAGUGAUCUUGUUCCUGGCUUGGUAACCUUUGUUGCUUGUUUAGUAUUACCCCUGGAAAUGGGAAUUCUCAUUGGAGUGGGCCUUAAUGUCAUCUUCAUACUCUACAGUGCUGCCCGCCCCAAAUUAUCUGUGGACGUUUUAACCAGUCCUGGAGGCACCGAAUAUCUCAUGAUUACCCCCGAUCGUUGUAUUAUAUUCCCCUCCGUGGACUAUGUCCGCAAUUUGGUUAAUAAGCAAUCGCUGCGCAACAGCAUACCAGUGGUCAUAGAUGCUUCUCAUAUUUAUGGAGCUGAUUUUACUGCGGCGACUGUCAUCGAAUCUCUUUUGAGGGAUUUUGCUUCACGUCACCAAUUGAUUUUCUUCUAUAACUUAAAGCCCAGUAUUUGCAAUCUCUUUGAAAGUUUAUCGCCCACAGAAUUUGUGGUCUACUAUCAGGAGCAGCAAUUGGAUGAGCUGUUAAAGGAGAGGGACUAUAGGCAGAGUAAAACAGAUGGAACGGCAGCUGCGACGGCGAUAGCGUUGACAGUUUAAAGUGAUAAUAGUUUUUAGGCAUAAUUAAGUGUUAAACACUUGGAACAGAGUGUGGACAAGGUCUCAAGGAAAGGAGUUACACAUUGAACUCAUGCAAGGUAUAAGGGCCAAAAAGACCACUUAUAGUAGUGAGUUGUAAGCCAGAACCCCUCCUCGCUUUUUUAGCAGCUCAAUGUCUUUGUAGCUUCCUUUUCCUCUUUUGAGUGCUACUUAUGUAUCCUUUCUGGUUAAUGGCUCCCCAUAACCGCAUGACAGAAUUUAUUUUAAGUAUUCUUUUAAUGACGAUUUCUUGGAGAAACCUUUCUUUUUUUGUGCAUAACAUAGUCUUGUUUUAGUGAUAACUCAGGUUAAAUCCUCUUCCCAUACAUUUUAAGUUUGAAAACAAAACAAAAACGACGAUUUUGUUUAUUAUCCUUUCUCCACCCUUAACCCAAGGGGAGGACAAAAACUCCAUUCAAGAAGCUAUUUUAGUGAUAUACAAAAAUAUUUUCCUUUGACAAAGAAUUGUGAAUACCUAGUUUUUUGUUUAUUUUUGUUUUUAUUUAAAAAAAAAUGAUGAAAAGAUAGUAUUAAUAUUUGUAUAAAGUAUAUUUUUAUAAUUAUUAUUAUAUAGUUAGUAUUAUUAGUUGUAAGCUUGCAAAAAAAUACCAACAACAUUAGUGGCUAGUUCUUGUUUUAUGUAUGUAGUUUAAGUUAAAAAGAACACAAAACAAAUAAAACCAUAAAAGUUAAGAAAAAGAUGACAAUAAAAUGUUAAAAUAUCAAAUUAA